GAGGUGUGGUUGACACCACUCCCCCAGUGGUCAGCGGCUGUCCCACAGCAGGUGUGCCCGUAACAGCCCCUGCCGGUGCCACCUCAGCAGUUGCCAGUUGGGUAGAGCCGACGGCAGUUGACAAUUCCGGAGGAACUGUGACAGUCACGUCCAGCCGCUCACCAGGCCAAAGCUUCCCGCUUGGAACGACACAAGUGACGUACACCUUCACCGAUCCAUCUCAGAACACCGCAACCUGCACCUUCGCUGUCACUGUGACAGUGUUCACCGGUCAAGAUACAGAACCUCCUGUCAUUAAUGGCUGU